UGCACCAAGAUUGUCUACAUGGAGUACCCGUAGAAUAAGCUCUUUGGCAUGCGGAUUUUGCUCUCAUGUUGUUUAUGGCUGUAGCUGGGUCAAACCCCAAAUUAAACCAUAACCCAUCUUCGUGACAACUCUUUCCCGGGAAGAUGUCGAGUCGUGCUCUGAGGAGGUUGAAGGGAAAACAGCGGGGGCAGGAGGCCCUGGACCUCGGUGAUCUUGUCCCAGGUGAAGGGCCAGAGCCAGAGGAGCAGGCUGCGGAUGUUGAGGAAGAAGAAGAGGAACUGGAAGAAGCUGUUCUCCAGCCUGUUAAGAGCAGCAUCAGAAAAACUAAGAAGAAUAAGAAAAACUUGAGCAACAUUUACGAACUGAUAUGUGAUGCAGAGAAAGCCACAACGGAUGAAGACACAGUGAAGCCAGAAGAACAGAAUGGUGAUGAAAGCAAGGAGAAGAGUGACAGCGGGGAAACAGAGAAGAGAGAUGCACAGCCUGAGACGGGUGCUGCGAAGUCCGGAGAUAAAGCGAGCAAGAAAAAGAAGAAAAAGAAGAAGAAAAAGAACACUACAGGAGAGAAACAGGAGGGAGCUGGGGAUGACAUUGACGCGUUGCUGGAGACCAUAGAGCAGUCUAAUGGACUGACCCUGCAGAGUGAGGGCUGUGGAGCCUCGGACAACAGGCCUGUGCUCUAUGUGGAACACAGGAACCUGAAUCCUGAGACGGAGUUGAAGAGAUACUUUGGAGCUCGAGCAGUUCUUGGAGAUCAAAGACCUCGUCAGAGACAGAGACAGUUCCAUCGCAGCACCUGGAUGACCAUCCCUAAAGACACCUGGCCACGCUUCAGUCGCCCAGGUAUCUCAAUGACCCUACUGGAGUCCAGGGAUGGUCUACAGUACUUCACCUUCGAGCACAGCCGAGACUACCAGCAGAUUCAGUUCAAAUUCCUGAACUCAGUGGAGUCCAUGGAUCCCAACAACAUUGUGGCCCUGCUACAGAUGAAUCCCUACCACAUUGACUCCCUGCUGCAGCUCUCUGAUGUCUGCCGCAUACAGGAGGACCAGGAAAUGGCCAGGGACCUGAUUGAGCGCGCCCUGUACAGCUUUGAGUGUGCAUUCCACCCUGUGUGCAGCCUGACGUCAGGAACCAGCAGACUGGACUACCUGCGACCAGAAAACAGGGCAUUCUACUUGGCUGUUUAUAAGCACAUGAUGUUCCUGGAGAGGAGGGGAUGCCCCCGGACAGCCCUGGAGUACUGCAGACUCAUCCUGAGUCUGGACCCCGACAGCGAUCCCCUCUGUAUGCUACUGCUCAUUGACUUCCUCUCCCUGCGCUCACGAGAGUACAACUUCCUCCUCCGGCUAUACCAGGAUUGGGAGGUGCACAGGAACCUGUCCCAGUUGCCAAACUUUGCCUUCUCUGUGGCUCUGAGCCACUUCCACCUGAGUCAGGAGGAUCAGACUGAGUCAGAGGAGAGGGAACGGCUCAAACACAAGGCUGCCCUGCUGCUGCAGGACGCUCUCAUCAUGUUCCCUGGAGUGUUGAUGCCUCUGUUGGACCUGUGCACAGUGCAGCCAGACGCUGCUGUAUCGUCACAUGACUUCUUUGGACCCAGAAGCCAGUUGGGGCAGUCUCCUGCCCUGGCUGAACUGGUGUCUCUGUACGUGGGGCGGACGCACACCCUGUGGAGGGAGGGAGGGGUCCUGCUGUGGCUGGAGGAGUGUGUGAGGGAGGUGUUACGACGAGUCGACGCUAAAGACCCUCUGGUGGAGGACUGCCAAAACAAGAGGAAGCAGAGGUACCAGAGUGCCCCCCUGAACAUCCAUCGCCACGUCAUCCUGUCUGAAAUCAAAGAGGCCACCUCCACUCUACCGCUGGAGGUGACCACUCAGUCGGUGAUGGGGUUCGAUCCUCUCCCCCCGCUGGACUCAGUGGUCUCAUAUACCCGGCCUGAGAGGCAGAGUGUGGGAGCCUCCAAUGAGAGCACCCUGUCACUGUUCUUCCGCUCUCUGCUGCCAAACUUCAACCUGCAGGGUGAGCCGAUGCCGCAGGAUGACCUGGAAGUAGCUCAGGCAGGUCGGGAGCUGAACCAAGAAGUAAAUCGUCUGAUGGUGGCCAUGAGGGACAUGCUGGCCAACAUCCAGUUUCAGGAGCCACCUAGAGAGGACAACCCUGACAGAGACGAGGGGGAGUGGGACUGAGAUGAGGAGGAUACAGAGAGAGGUGGAGUGAGACUUGAGGGAGAGGGACAUAGAGCUGUGAAUGGAUAGAAGAAAAUAAAAGGUUGAUUAAGAUGAAUGGAGUUGGAGUACAGCAGGGUGGUAGGAGAAUGAAGAGUGAGUGAGGGAAUAGAUUCAGUGAGGGUAGCAGUAACAGAUGUACUGAAACCUUAAAGAAAGAAAUGGUAGGUCAUCUAUAUGACCCAAACAUCAAACAAACUCUCCCUUUCUGAUCUAGGCACAGUAGUAUCACCUCUUCCUCCUGUCAUAGUCAGUCAGUCCAUCAGCCCUAUCUCCAUCCUCAUGUCAUAGUCAGACAGUCCAUCAGCCCUCUCUCCAUCCUCAUGUCAUAGUCAGACAGUCCAUCAGCCCUAUCUCCAUCCUCAUGUCAUAGUCAGACAGUCCAUCAGCCCUCUCUCCUUCCUCAUGUCAUAGUCAGACAGUCCAUCAGCCCUCUCUCCUUCCUCAUGUCAUAGUCAGACAGUCCAUCAGCCCUCUCUCCUUCCUCAUGUCAUAGUCAGACAGUCCAUCAGCCCUCUCUCCAUCCUCAUGUCAUAGUCAGACAGUCCAUCAGCCCUCUCUCCAUCCUCAUGUCAUAGUCAGACAGUCCAUCAGCCCUCUCUCCUUCCUCAUGUCAUAGUCAGACAGUCCAUCAGCCCUCUCUCCUUCCUCAUGUUGUCCCAUUCUCUUUCCUCGGGACAGUUGUUCUUACUGAUCGAGAAGAUCAGGAGGCUGCGUUCAUUAAGAAAAAAACUCCCUCCGUUUUUUUAAAAGAACAUUGCUUAUCAAAAAAAUGAAUAUUGUGUUUCAUCAGAAGGAUAAUGACACCCUCCUACUACAGUAUAUCUGAAGUGGAAUUAUUUAUGAUUGAAUAAAUCCCUAUGGUGUUGUCUUAGCAACCUAACGUCGUACACACAUUGACAGUCUACUGCCAUACGAGUUGAUGAGAGUCAGGAUAAAGGUUAAUGAGCAUCUGAUAAAAGUCAGAAUUCUACAGUAAUUCACCUUGUGAGUAGACCAAAUGGACUUACCUCUUAUUCCAUUUUUUAUAUUGGCCAUAACAACUUUGAUUUUUAACUUCAACUCCCAAUUAACCCUGUUCAUCAUUGAAUAUAAAAUGCUGUUGUCUUAGAAAUCUGAUUUUGAGGAUAAAAUUCAAACUGAUCAGGAUAUUUUUCUGUUGUGAUUCUCUAUAGAGGUAUUUUUAACCUUACCUGAUCUAUUCUAGGCUGUUUAUUAACUAGGGCCCGAAGUUGGUCCCAAUGAGGUCAUGUUGGCAGGAAAAACUACUGGCCCAAGUCAUCUGUUAAUGUCAGGAAAGGAUUGCAUGAUAUCCAACCCACUACUGUAAAUACUCUGCUUAGAAAUCAUUUAUUACACAAGCUAAUGUAAAGACAAUAAACCUGAUGUUCAUAUGGUUCAA